AUAUUUUUAUAAUUUUUUUUUUGGUAGUAACUUGAGUUCAUUAAAAAGUAUUUUUCUUCUAAACAAACUAUUAUAUUAAAAACUUUUAUAAUGAAUACUAAUGUUUUCAUGCUAUAUUAAUUCAAAAAUACAUUUUAUUCUCUACCUGUGCAUUAAUUCCACAAUGCCCAAUCAAAACCCACACAUCUUUCCAUCGACGCAUUGAAAUUCGAGGAAAAACAUAGAUAGUAAAGCCGAAACAAGCUUUAAGAUUAGAAAUCUGCUUCAGUUUUCAUCUGUUUUGGUUUGGCAAUUGACACUCGGAAAAAAUGAUCGCUGUGCAAAGUUUUGAUGAACCCAAAACAACCACUUUCGGUGACCCCAUUUGGCUCAGGCUUUUGGAAACUCUGUUUCCAAAAUCCCACUACAUUGGACAAUUUCUUGCUCUCAAAGUAAGAAUCAGAAGAAUGACAGACCAUUUCUUCUGGAGGACAUCUUCUUCCACAUCCUUAUUUUGCUUCCUGCUGCGUUUCUGCAUGACUGUGGGAGCAAAUGAGCUUUUUCCCGCUUGUCAUAUUGCAUUCGUUCCUCACACUGGGGAGUACAAGGUGGUAUGCCAUUGUGUAAGCUUGAGAGGAGUACAUAGAUGGCUCGUGUUAACUGUGGGUAAAAAUAUGUUGUGGAGAAAACUUGAAACUCCAUUAACAGGAAACAACCUAGAUUAUGAGGAACGCACUUCUGUCACUAUUGGAGGGGUGUUGUAUUGGUCCCAGAGGAGCAGUGGAAUUUAUGCUAUUGACCUUCGUGAUGAAUCUUCGUACUCCAUUCAAGUCCCGAAUGAAUAUGUUGAGGAGUCCUACUGGCUACUUGAAUUGGGGCAUCGUUUAUCUUGUCUUGUGAACCAUCAGAGAGAGAUUCAUGUAUGCAUACUGAAGGACAUGUAUCGCAGUGAAUGGGAUAAACUUUACAAAGUUAGAGAAGUAAUAGACACUGAGAAAUUUUCAUUUCGGACAUUCGUACCUGUUGGCUGGAUGGACAAUGGCCAAUUAUUGAUCUUCAUUAUUCGGAGGUUUGGUAACUGGAAGGAAAGGUUGAUAGGGGCUUACAAUGUGAAGACGGGAGAGACAAAAGCUUUCAAUGAUUUCGACACUCAGUUGAUACAUCUUCACACCAAUGGCCUAGCUUCAUGGUAGGCAGCGUUUGCAGUGGAAGGAAAGGAGAGAAGAUUUGCAGCAGUAUUUGGAGCUCGAAAGCUAUUUCUCUCCGCAAGUAAAUAAAAGACUAUACCAGCUUGGUGUCCAAGCUUGUAUGAUAAUUCUCUUGCAAUUUGUUUUGUGUGACAAAGAGUUUGCUAUAUAAUAGUCUUGGAAGUUACUUUAGGCAACUAGUAAGGUCUUGAACCCUAAAUAGUAAGCGGUUGGUGCUUUGGUUUUUUUGUUUUUGUUUUCUGCUGUCCUAGUUUGCUUUUGUUUAUGACGUGAAGUUAUUUGGUACUAUCAUAAAACAAUUUAGUAGCUAUGUGCAUUUUCCUUCUA